CUGACAGCUAGCUGUCAGAAAGUGAGUUCAGUCCCCGAGUCGAGUAGACGGAGCGCUGUCGAUAGUUUUUUAUUUUUAUUUUCUUUUGCUCCUCCUGUUGAUAUCUAAGCACAUCGAGUCGGCAACAACGGAUCGACCUCUCCACCGAGCCCGGCCAUGGACGAACAGGCAGGGCCCGGCGUGUUCUUCAACAACAAUAACAACUCUGUUUUAGCCGGCGGUGGGAAAGGACCGCUGCCCGAUGGCGACGCUGGGGAGGCGGCCAGGGCUCAGUACAGCAUCCCGGGGAUCUUGCACUUCCUGCAGCACGAAUGGGCCCGUUUCGAAGUAGAGAGAGCACAAUGGGAGGUGGAGCGGGCCGAAUUGCAGGCCCAGAUUGCCUUCCUGCAGGGGGAGAGGAAAGGACAGGAGAACUUAAAGAAAGACCUCGUCCGGAGGAUUAAAAUGCUGGAGUACGCGCUGAAGCAAGAGAGAGCAAAGUAUCACAAGUUAAAAUACGGGACGGAGCUAAAUCAGGGUGACAUGAAACCUCCAAGCUACGACUCUGACGAGGCCAACGAGAACGAUUCUUCUGGAUCUCUUAACAAUCAGCUGUCUUGGAAACAUGGCCGACAGCUCCUCAGACAGUACCUGCAGGAGGUGGGCUACACAGACACCAUCCUGGAUGUAAAGUCGCAGAGAGUCCGAGCCCUGUUGGGACUCGCUGGGGACGGAGCCGGGAAGACCGGCGAACGGAUGAGCACGGAGCCUUCGGUCAACGGGCCGAACUCGACACCAAAGGGCAUGGGGACCAGAGGAAAAGUUGAGCUCUCUGACACAAGCGCUGUGCUGGAGGCCUUCAAAUUCAUCGAGAACGCAGCGGUGGAGUUCAGCGAUGAAGAUGAGGAGGAGGAUAGUGAUGGGAAAGAGAGGACUAAUGUGGAAUCCAGGACUAUUGUGAGAAAGAAACCCGCAACGUCAUCAUCAUCAUCUCCAGCCAGUAUGGACACCAGUGAGGACCCUGACACAGAGGAGGCCCUGAAGGGCUUCGACUUCCUGUCAAAUUCCGACGAGAUGGACAACUCGUCAGAGUCCCGAGGGACCGGAGACGGCACAGACUGGGAGAAGGACGAGCAGGGUCCCGUUUCCGAGGCCUGGGACAUGGACCCGGGCCUGAUAACCAAACUCAAGGAGCAGUACAAAAAGGAGCGCAAGGGGAAAAAGGGGGUGAAGAGGCCCAACAGGUCUAAGCUGCAAGACAUGCUGGCUAACCUGAGAGACGCAGAGGACCUGUCUCAUAUGCAGCCUCCGUCGACCCCGCAGUCCCGACCCAACGUGGCCCGCAUCAGUGAACAUGAGGGAAACAGAACAGAUGAAGCUGAGGCGCUCACAUUCCCACCCACACCAGGGAAGUCGUUCAUUAUGGGCACGGAUGAGGGCAUGGAGAGCGUGCUGGGCCUGGGGGAGCUGGCAGGGCUCACUGUGGCCAACGAGGCUGACAGCAUGGCCUAUGAUAUUGGCAACAAUAAGGAUGCCAUGAGAAAAACAUGGAACCCUAAAUUCACCCUACGAAGUCAUUUUGACGGGAUUCGUGCUCUGACCUUCCACCCUGUGGAGCCUGUCCUGAUCACUGCUUCUGAGGACCACACGCUCAAGAUGUGGAACCUCCAAAAAACUGCUCCUGCCAAAAACAGGAGUACAUCUUUAGACGUGGAGCCCAUCUACACUUUCAGGGCCCACAGGGGAGCUGUACUGAGUGUGGUGAUGAGCAGUACAGGGGAGCAGGGUUUCAGCGGGGGGGUCGACGGUACUAUCCAGUGCUGGAACACGCCCAACCCAAACAUCGAUCCCUACGACUCCUACGACCCCUCAGUGCUGCGUGGAGAGCUGAGCGGACACACUGACUCGGUAUGGGGUUUGGUGUACAGCAGCGUACACCAGCGCCUCCUCUCCUGCUCUGCAGACGGGACGGUCAGACUGUGGGACGCCAACAACACGUCCCCUUCACUCGCAGUAUUCAACGAAAACAAAAAGUUGGGAGUUCCCUCCUCCGUGGACCUGGUGUGCAGUGAACCAGCUCAUCUGGUCACAUCCUUCACAAACGGCCAGAUCGGUCUCUUCAACAUGGAGACCCGCCAGCUGGUCCUCAGUAUGGAGUCCAACUUGGAGCCAGGCACUCCUUGUCAGAUCAACAAGGUCCUCAGCCACCCGACUCUUCCAAUCACCAUCACAGCGCAGGAGGACAGACACAUCAAAUUCUUUGACAAUAACAGCGGGAAGCUGAUUCACUCCAUGGUGGCCCACCUGGAUGCUGUCACCAGCUUAGCUGUGGAUCCAAAUGGACUUUAUCUCAUGUCAGGCAGUCACGACUGCUCCAUCCGUCUGUGGAACCUGGAGAAUAAAACCUGCAUCCAAGAAUUCACGGCUCACAGAAAGAAGUUUGAGGAAUCGAUCCAUGAUGUGGCGUUUCAUCCGUCUAAAUGCUACAUCGCCAGCGCCGGAGCGGAUGCUCUAGCCAAGGUGUUCGUAUGACACGGAGCAACACGUCCCUCCCCCCCUCCCCCCCACAGCCUCGCUCUCUGACUCAGUCUCCCAUGAUCAGGGACCAAUAGAGACACAGCAGGGGAAGGACCGUCGGGCAGGGGUCCAGUCCCACCUCAAACUACCUACUGGUCUCCUGUCGGACUCCCAGACUAUGUAGCCAAUAGCCUCAAAUAGGUUGUAAGGAGGAGAAACUCUGGUCCCAACCCUCUUCCCUCCCACCAUCCAGGCAGGCCUGGGUGUGACUGGCCACAGCGCCCUCUGCAGACAGACUCAAAGUUCACCUCCACAGAAAGCAGUGAGGCUCAGGACAAGUGGCAGUGAGGAGUGGAGAUAUGAGGUCCCAUCAAACCCCCUCUUCCUUCUCCCCUGUGACUUAAUGCUCAUCCCACAUCUUCCUAGCAUCAACCAAGUUUUGCUCCUGGUCACGUUUCAUGUUGCGUUUCAGAACCGCUGGGUGCCGAAGAUUCGACCAGAGCUGACACAGAAGCCUUCCAGUUCCUCUCCUCCACUUCCCAGACUGACUCUGCUUGCUUGACCUGCCUUUAUUUUUCCUUUUUAAAAACCUAUAUUGACGAAUGUGCCUUUGCUUUAAAAAGGUCUUUAAAAUGUUCUUUUAACAAGCUUGGGGUUUUUGUUUUGAGGGGAGGGACAGGGGAAACGGGGGAAGCUGGUGGUCGCAAUGUUGUCGGUUUUAACAUUGGAUGUAAAAUUAUAAUAAACAAAAUAUAUAUUCAGUCUUAAAAUUUACAGUGCAGCGUGAGUUUGAGUUUUUGUUUUUGAUAAGUGUGUUUGGGAUGUCAGUUCUGUGUGUUUUGAGGCAAAGCUAGUAGAGCGAUACAAACCAUUAAACACCUGUUUAAUGGUUUAAUUGCCUGUUAGUUUCAAGCAACUGUAUACUUCAGAAGAUUACAAGCAUAUGUGUCCAAAGUAAACCAUCUUGGUUAUUUAAUUAAAAUUAAACAGCCUUGAUUCUAGAUGUCAGUUUUUAGGCGUAUCUAACACAUUUUGGCCAGUUUGCUCUUGUUUGAAUUGAAUGCUGUGUACUGUAUAUAGUUUGUUUUUUUUUUCUGCCCCACCCCUCAGCUGUGUGGACAUGCUUGACUACAAUGUGAUUUAUCAUGUUGAGAUAUUUGCAUUAGUCCAGUGUUUAGCAGGAGAUAAGUGCAGUACUUUAGGACUAUUUCACACAAUGAUUUAACCAAGAGAAAUGUCCUGCAGUUCCAGUUUACUGUAAAUCCAUGAGCUUUGAAAGAAAACCAAGAUUAAAAAAGGCAGAUGGGAUGUUGUAGGAGGAGAGUACAGCUUUACAUGAGCCAUUUUCUCAGUCACUGGUUUGUAAAUGAGAGUAUGUUCGAAAUAAAACCUGCUGUAAAAUGUUAA